CCGGCGAUACGGAGAGGGGACGAAGAAGUAAGCACCCCCCACCUGAACAACAAGCACUCCCGGCCGAGCUCCCUUUCCUCACCGCACUGCAGAGCCAGGGAAUAAAACGCGUAGCCGCGGCGCUCAAUCCGCGGCUUCCGCCGUAGUAGAAACAGUAUGUUCUACUGCCACCCCUUUCGGUGUUUCGAGCGCAUGCUGGGCUAUCGUCUCACCGCUCUCCAGGCGGAAGUCAACGAGCUGCAGGCGGCGCAACGCGCAUCGAGUAGUGGAGGCAAAGAGCGAUCGUCGCGGGACCAGCAGGAGACAACUGCACUUACGACCGCCCCGGGUUCCGAUGACGACGGCGGUAUCCGACGGAAAAGAUGCUAGCACAGCGUAGUGCCAGAGUAAGGAUCUUUCCUGCCACGAGCUGUUCACAUAUAAUUAGUUGUGGAGAAACAAAAACGUUCUUGUUCAGCAAGGUGAGCUUCUACAGGCUGUGUAAUUCAACUCUGUGCUAGUAGCAAUUUUUUCGCGUGAUCCUCUGCACGUGGACCGACGAAGAAGCCGGGUUCGAUUCCGUUUCGAAAGAUAGCAGAAAGGGCCGGGCCGCUGAUCGGUACAGUGGUCAGGUGGUUUUUGAUGUAAUUACUCACAUGACAAAAGGAACGAAUGAUUCAAAGCCUUGGAGCUCGACUUCUUUGGUAAUCUAUCAUCACAAAACCUUCCAUUCAGCGCCCGCCGGCCAACGCCGAAAGCAAAGACGCAAGCGGCCCCGGACGACUUUGCGGAGUUGGGAAUAGAAGCGCAAUACUCCGGCGUGCGAACCUAUGAAAGGGAAAGGAUCACAGUGCGGUAGGACAGCCCAACGGUGGUUGUGUGAGUCAAAACAAUUAAAAAUACCGUGUGCAUGAAGACUCGGCAAGAAGUUGCGUUGAAAAAGUGAGAAAAAAACCCUGCUAAUUAUAUGCAACUUCUGCGCGGGAAGAUGAUCGAUCGCAACUACUUUUCUGAAUGAUAGCAAUCUCAGCGCCGAUCAACAGAAGGAGCGGCAGGAAAACUGGGAAGCUCUGAACGCGCUAGAAACGGAGGGUACGAAAGGAGAGGUAGAUCAUACGGCCCGACUUCAAAUGCGGUCAGAACUUUUCCAGAUCUGAGUCAAGUUUUCUUUGCACGCUGCAGCUGUAGUUCUUGAAACAAAGCUUACAAUUGAUACAUUUUUAAAGAGUCAUCUCCUGCUUUGCGUGGAAAAUUUGAAUUUCUGCACCCGGAGAAGCGCGUGCGAGCCGCUAGCUUUUUUACCAGUUUUAUCCUGAGUAAAAACGUACCCACACCAGAGUCAAGAUGGCAAAUCUGCUAGACAAAUCAGCCAGCUUUGGUCGUUUGGCAUGACAAGUUCGUCCUCGUAGUGUAAUCCUGUUUAGGUAGUUCAGCAGCAUCACAGAUCUAGUAUAUCAUGCUGAUUGUAGCAUCACAAAUUCCAAAACACGACUAGACAAUGCCUCUCAUGGCGCUCCGCAUGACAAACCUUUUUGGAGUGCAGAUUUGCAUGACAACUCUGGGGUGGGGAUGUUUUUGCAUAUGAUAAGUUUCAUACCUUGCUCUUCGUGGACCACGGAGGGGGAGCCCGAUCUGCUAAAAGGUCCACUGGAUUAGGAAGAGGAAGCAGCGCACGGGACGCGACUUGGGCCGUAGUGUAUAUUAGAAUAAGAAAGAAGAAAACGACGCACGACUUUACUUUACUUUACUUACAUGUACUGUACUACACAGCGUAAAGCUGCAAACGGAGAAUCGCCUGACCGAACUACACCAAUAUUUUUUCAACAAGGUUUCGAU